CAGUUCGUUGUACGCUGAAGCCAAAGCCGUGUCGGAGGUAGCGGACUCAACAAGCAGGCUCUGUCACCACGUCAAGGUUCCGCAGAAACAGUCAGACAAGGACGGCUGAAUUCCACUAGAGGUUGGAAUCUGACAUCAAGUUUCACCUGAGUGGAUACAACAUUUGUACAGAAGCACAGCCUUAGGACUCCAGGUUAUUCAGAGAUAUAUAACUGCAGCCUUUAUUAAGACAGUGAUUCAGAGUGGGAACCAUGGAGACAGUGACUCCCAUCACAGGGCCCCCUGGAGAGCAGGCGCUGUACAAUCCUGAGUACGAGAAAGAUGCAUGUGGUGUUGGCUAUGUCGUCAGCAUCGAUGGCAUUAAAUCCAACAAGGUGUUACGGGAUGCGGAGACAAUGUUGGUGCGGAUGGAGCACCGUGGUGCAUGUGGAUGUGACAAUGAUUCCGGGGAUGGUGCCGGUGUGUUGACAGCCAUUCCACAUUCCUUCUACGUGGAACGCUUGAGUCAGGAGCUUGGUAAUGGCAUCAAGUUACCUGAGCCUGGCAAAUAUGCGACUGGAAUCCUGUUCAUGGACACCCAGAAGACGACGGAAUGUGAGGCAGCCUUUGCUGAGGUUGUGGAGAAAUUUGGACUUGAGAUUCUAUGUUGGAGACCAGUUCCUGUGGACAGUUCUGUGAUUGGUCAAGUGGCCAAAGUCAAUGAACCAAUCCUAAAACAGGUUUUUGUAACUGGUAAGCUGGAACAGGAUGAUUUUCUACGCCAGGUCUACUUGGUACGGAAAUAUGCAUCUCACCACGUGCCAAAGAAGGGACUACGUUUUUACAUCUGCAGCCUGCACACUGAAACAAUUGUGUAUAAGGGCCAGCUAACAACUCGUCAGUUGUGGCAAUAUUUUAAGGACCUGUCUGACACCAGUUAUGAGACUCACCUGGCCCUGGUUCACAGCCGCUUCUCCACCAACACCUUCCCCAGCUGGGAGAGGGCCCACCCACAAAGGUACCUGGCCCACAAUGGUGAGAUUAACACACUACGUGGGAACCGUAACCUGAUGAGUGCCCGUGAGGGGGUCAUGCAGAGUAAGAGGUAUGGCGACAAGCUGAAACUUCUCUACCCGGUUGUGGAGGAGGGCAUGUCAGACUCAGGCUGUGUGGACAAUGUCCUGGAAUUCCUCUGCAUGGCCGGGGGAAGGUCAUUACCUGAGGCAGUGAUGACGAUGGUACCAGAAGCCUGGCAGAAUGACAAAUACAUGUCAGCAGAUAAAAGAGCCUUUUACAGGUGGAGCGCCUUCGCCAUGGAACCCUGGGACGGACCAGCUCUGCUAACCUUCACGGAUGGGCGUUACAUUGGUGCCAUACUGGACAGGAAUGGUUUGAGGCCAUCCAGAUUUUAUGUCACCAAGGAUAACCACAUGUACAUGGCCAGUGAAGUGGGUGUGGCUGAUGUCAAAUCUGGUGAUGUCAUUCAAAAGGGCCGCCUCAAACCUGGCCGCAUGCUGUUGGUUGACACCCAGGAGAAAGUAUUCAUCAAAGAUGAUGUGCUGAAAACCAACAUCUCCAACCUCAGGCCUGUGUCCAAGUGGCUCAAAGAGGAGACAAUAACCAUGGAUGACCUUCACAAGAACCAUCCAACAAAGCGCCGUGUAGAAUCAUUGGUUUUGAUGUCUGAUAGUAACAAGGGGAGCAGAGUGGAGCAGGACAGGAGACUGCCAAUGUUUGGCUACACCAUAGAGACUCUCAGUUUACUCGUCCUACCUAUGGUCAAAGACAGGAAAGAAGCUCUGGGCUCUAUGGGUAAUGACGCUCCUCUGGCCUGUCUCUCCGAGUACAACCCUCUGAUGUACGACUACUUCAAACAGCUCUUUGCUCAAGUCACAAAUCCUCCAAUUGAUCCAUUCCGAGAAAAAGUUGUUAUGUCCUUGGCCUGUCCGAUUGGCCCAGAGGCUAACAUCCUGGAGGCGAGCGCAGAGCAGUGUCGACGUCUGUGGUUAGAACAACCCAUCCUCUCCCUCAGGGAUAUGGUCGUCAUCAAAAACACCAAGUUCAGGGGAUGGAAGACUGUGGUGAUUGACACAGUGUAUCCAGUAGAGCAAGGUGCGGACGGACUACUUCCUGCCAUCAGGACUGUGUGUCAAGAGGCUGCGGAGGCUGCCAAUAGUAACUACACCCUGAUUGUACUGUCUGACAGGAAGUCAGGAGAGGAGUAUAUACCUAUCAGUCCCCUGCUGGCUGUGGGAGCAGUCCAUCAUCAUCUGAUUGAGGAGAAGCUCAGGAUGAAAGUUGGUCUGAUCGUUGAAACUGGAGAAGCCAGGGAGGUCCACCACAUGUGUGUGUUGCUUGGUUAUGGUACAGAUGCCAUCUGUCCAUAUUUGGUCUUGGAGACAAUUUGUGACCUGAGAAAUGAGGGAUUGGUUGACCCACCUCUGACAGAUUGGGAGAUUUACUCUAACUACAGGGCAGCUUGUGCCCGGGGCAUCUCCAAGGUCAUGGCUAAGAUGGGUAUUUCCACCCUCCACAGUUACAAGGGGGCCCAGAUCUUUGAGGCAGUUGGCCUGAGUAAGGAAGUGGUGAACCUGUGCUUCAGGGGCACAGCCUCACGUAUUGGAGGAGCUGGCUUCAGUGUCCUGGCAGAGGAGGCACUGAACCGUCACAAGUUUGCUUUCACCAAGAGGGGCACAGGUGAUAACCUGAUAGUGACAAACCCAGGUUUCUACCACUGGAGACAGGGGGGAGAGAAACACAUGAAUGACCCUGACACCAUCGCUAACUUACAGCAUGCAGCAAAGAGUAACAGCAGAGGAGCUUAUGCCAAAUUCUCAGAGUCAGCCACACAAAGUGCUAGGCGGUGCACUCUGAGGGGACAACUGAACUUUAACACUGACCCUAAACCCAUUGACAUCUCAGAGGUGGAGGAGGCAGCCAUGAUUGUGAAGAGGUUCUGUACAGGUGCCAUGAGUUUCGGCAGCAUCUCUAUUGAGGCUCACACUGCCCUGGCUAAGGCCAUGAAUCGUGUGGGUGGAAAGUCAAACACCGGGGAAGGGGGAGAGAACCCUGACAGGUAUCUCAACCAGGAUCCUCAGAACAACAGCAGGUCAGCCAUUAAACAGGUGGCCUCAGGUAGAUUUGGUGUGACAAGCGCCUAUCUUGCCAAUGCUGAUGAGUUACAGAUUAAGAUGGCUCAGGGGGCCAAACCUGGGGAGGGUGGAGAGUUACCUGGUUACAAGGUAACCAAGGAGAUAGCCAAAACGCGUCACUCUAUCCCCGGGGUGGGGCUGAUCAGUCCUCCCCCUCAUCACGACAUCUAUUCCAUUGAGGAUCUGGCCGAGUUGAUCUAUGACCUGAAAUGUGCCAACCCUUUAGCCAGGAUCAGUGUGAAGUUGGUGUCAGAAGUGGGAGUUGGUAUUGUGGCUGCUGGUGUCGCUAAGGGUAAAGCUGAACACAUCACCAUAUCCGGCCAUGAUGGUGGGACGGGAGCCAGUAGCUGGACUGGCAUCAAAAAUGCUGGGUUACCGUGGGAACUGGGAAUCUCUGAGACCCACCAGACCCUGGUGAUGAACAACCUCCGCUCUCGUAUUACCUUGCAAGCCGAUGGUCAAAUCAGGACUGGUCGUGACGUGAUGAUUGCUGCCUUGCUGGGUGCUGAUGAGUUUGGCUUCAGCACAGCUCCCCUCAUCGCCCUGGGCUGUACCAUGAUGAGGAAAUGUCACCUCAACACUUGCCCCGUGGGGGUGGCCACUCAGGAUCCUAUCUUACGGAAGAAGUUUGAAGGGCAGCCUGACUACGUGGUGAACUAUCUGUUUUUGUUAGCAGAAGAGGUGAGAGAACUGAUGGCUCAGAUGGGCUUCAGAACAUUCCAGGAAGUGAUUGGUCGAACUGAUAAGCUUAAAUUUGAGCCAGACUCUAGUAACCCUAAAGCUCAACUUCUGGACUUCUCUAAGAUCCUGGCAAAUGCCCUUGAGCUGAGACCCGGGGUGAACAUUGUCAGGAACAGCACCCCUCAGGAGUUUAAGCUAGAGGAGAGACUGGACAACGAAAUAAUAGAGAAGUCACGUGACGUGAUUGAGGGAAAGAGUCAGACAGUCACCAUCAACACCCAGAUCAGAAACGAAGUCCGUUGCUUUGGAUCAACUCUCAGUUAUCACAUCUCCAGGAAAUACGUGGACAAGGGCUUGCCAGAUAACAGCAGUAUUAUCAUCAACCUGAAUGGGGCAGGAGGUCAGAGUUUCUGUGCUUUCCUGGCUCGUGGGGUCAGUGUGACACUUGAAGGAGAUGCCAAUGACUAUGUCUGUAAGGGCCUAUCAGGAGGUGAGGUCGUGAUUUACCCCCCUAAGGACAUGUCCCCAGGCUUCCGCACAGAGGAUAACAUCGUAGUGGGCAAUGUGUGCCUGUAUGGGGCUACGUCUGGCCGGGCCUUCUUCAGGGGUCAAGCUGCUGAGAGGUUCUGUGUCCGCAAUUCUGGGGCAACGGCUAUCUGCGAGGGUGUGGGAGACCAUGGUUGUGAGUACAUGACUGGAGGGCGGGUCAUUGUUCUGGGACUGACUGGACGGAACUUCGCAGCUGGUAUGUCUGGAGGACUGGCCUAUGUGUAUGAUAAGUGGAAAUUGUUCAUUCAGCGUUGUAACCCUGAGUCUGUUGACCUGGAACCCUUGGAAGCCGAAGAAGAUCUGACAUUUGUUAAAGAUCUGAUCACAGAGUUCUGUCAGAAAACAGGAUCAGAACUUGGACAAAGGAUCAUUGACAACUGGAGACAGAGAAAAAGGAAUUACCUCCGUUUCUUCCCCACAGAGUACCGUCGUGCUCUGGAGGAUAUGAAGAAAGAGGCUGCGGAGAGAGAAGUCGAUGUUGAGGUGAAGAGAGCAGACAAUCUCAGUAAUGACUACGGAGAAGAUUUGGUGAAUGCCGAGGAGAUCAAGAAUAUGGAGGAGUCUGUUGACAUUGAUGACAUUGAGUCGGUUGUGCCAGACAUGACACUGAUGAAUAAGGCUAAGGAACUAGCUGACAAGACGCGUGGGUUUGUUAAGUAUCACAGGGCAACAAACCAGUACAGGAAGGCAGAGAAGCGAAUGCAGGACUGGGAGGAGAUCUACAACCACAAGGAGGUGAAGGAGGGGCUACAGGUGCAGGCAGCCAGGUGCAUGGAGUGUGGAGUGCCGUUCUGUCAGUCCAGUAAUGGCUGUCCCUUGGGUAACAUCAUACCAAAGUGGAACGAUCUUGUCUUCAGGGACCAGUGGAAGGAAGCCUUGGACCAGCUGUUACAGACAAACAAUUUCCCAGAGUUCACAGGACGGGCUUGCCCUGCUCCAUGUGAGGGUGCCUGUGUAUUGGGCAUCAAUGCUUCACCGGUGACUAUUAAGAAUAUCGAGUGUGCCAUUAUCGACCACGCAUUUGAAGAAGGCUGGAUCAUACCUGAGCCACCUCUGAAACGUACGGGGAAGAAAGUAGCUGUGGUUGGCAGUGGGCCAUCAGGAUUGGCUGCUGCAGCCCAGCUUAACAAGGCUGGACAUUUGGUGACCGUGUAUGAGAGGAAUAACCGCAUAGGAGGGUUACUGCGUUACGGAAUCCCUACCAUGAAGCUCAGCAAACAGGUGGUGCAGAGGCGAGUGGACUUGAUGGCGGCAGAGGGCGUCGUCUUCCAGACAGGGGUGGAAGUCGGUGUGAACCUACCUGCCAAACAGCUGAUGGAGGCCAAUGACGCGGUAUUACUCACCUGUGGGGCCACUCACCCCAGGGACCUGCCCAUCCCAGGUCGACAGUUGAAUGGUAUCCACUUUGCCAUGAGCUUCCUGGAGAACUGGCAGCAGAAACAAGAGGGCAGUGAACUAAAGAAUCUGCAGCUGUUAGCCAAAGACAAGAAUGUGCUCAUCAUCGGGGGAGGGGACACAGGAGUGGACUGUAUUGCUACCUCUCUCAGACAGGGUGCCAAAUCCAUCGUAACAUUUGAGAUCCUGCCCUGCCCGCCCCCGACACGAGCCAAGGAUAAUCCCUGGCCCCUGUGGCCUAAAAUCUUCCGUGUGGACUACGGUCAUGAGGAGGUCAAGCUCAAGUGGGGAGGGGACCCCAGGAUCUUCAGUAUUAUGAGCAAGGAGUUUCUGGAUGAUGGUAAGGGCAACGUGAGUGGUAUCAGGACAGUGUUGGUAGACUGGACCCAAGACGACACAGGCAGGUGGAACAUGAAGGAGGUGCCAGACUCGGAGAAGGUAUUCCACUGUGAUUUGGUUCUGUUAGCCAUGGGCUUCCUGGGGCCAGAGAAGAGCAUCUCCACAGAGCUCGGCAUUGACCUUGAUCCCAGAUCUAACUACCAGACCCCCAAAGGGCUCUACAAUACCAGUAUUCCACAGGUCUAUGCUGCUGGAGAUUGCCGUCGUGGACAAUCUCUUGUGGUCUGGGCUAUCAGUGAAGGACGAUUGGCCGCUCGCCAAAUUGACCUUGACCUCAUGGGACAGACGAACUUGGCAGGACCAGGUGGGAUUAUUGGAAACCCUCGCUCCGUGGCUCAAGCCUGAGAGAUGUGACACUACAGUACAUGGGAGAUCAUGAGAACAGCUGAGUGAUUGUGAAGGAAAGAUGGACUGGUGUGAGAAAAGUUCCGCCAGGGCUAACUUGAUUCAUCCAUAUUUCAUUACAUUUUGUUUUACUGAUACCAUGAAAUUGUGUAUGUUGUGGGAAAAUGUGUCCACAUAGAGCAGGAAUUUCAGAGAAAAGUCAUUUCCUUUGUGAGAAGGUAUGCAGAUGAGGGUGGAAUGUAUUUGUUUUGUUGGCUGACAAGUUUGUGACAUGAAGAUAUGCAGAUUACGAAGGGAUGUGACAAUUCAUGUUAGAGUUUAGAAGUCAUGAGAGAUGUUUGGUUAGCCAGGGAGAAGAUUAAUCAUUACAGUUUGUUGGUGUCAAAUGUCAUGGUUGCAUACCGGUGAAAAGCAACAGGAAAAUAAGAAAGAAAUGCCUAGUUUUCAGUCCUUGAGAGAAAGUCUGUUUAUUUCCAUACCCGAAGAUGUACAUGUAUAUACUUGGUAUGUGGGCAGACAAAGCCACACUGUAUGUGGAAGAAAUAGUUAUGAGACAAGUUAUGUCAAACUGUUCUAGUUUCAUUUGGGAAAGGUCCAUAAAUGUUGAUGUUUUUAGGGAACUAAAUUUUAAUGUGUGAACCCGACAACCAGUCAAUCUCCACGUUCAAGAAACUUACAUUGUUUUAAUGGUAUAUACAAGUAUAGAGGAUAGGGAGGGGGGCAAAGAUUUGUUUCUUCUCCUUUUUAGCAAAAAAACAAAACAAAACAUCAUUUAGGAGUUGUUAGAUUGCUUACUUGUUGACUUCUGGAAAAAUGCCAUGUAAAGUAUUUAAUCAGAACUUAUGAUUUACUGAAAGUUUUAGUUUUAUAAACAGCCUAAUUUACAUCAUUACCAGGCAGGUGUAACUUUCAUAUGUAUAUAUACAUGAAUAUUUGAAGGGCUGCAUCUCACAGAGGAAGCAAGGAACAUAGUUGUAAUGUUGAUCAUGAUGUUGUUACCAGUCCAAUGAUAACUUAUAGUGCCGUGAUAGUGUUAUACUAAAAGAGACAGUACUGUGAUGUUGAAACUUUUCAUGCUGAAACUUUAAUGUUUGUGACGAGCAUUUCUAGACGGUUAUGCUUUGAUGUGAAUCUGCCUUUACUGGACACAUUAGUGCCAAUGUGCUCAUCAGACACAUCACUGUUCGGGCUAUAGUGCAUACAUGUACUAAACUGUAGUGCUAAGUGGGCAGGAGUGCUAAGGUGUGACUGAAAAUGCUGUAGAUAGUGCUAAGUUAUUGUAGACUAUAGUUGUACUAAUCAGACUGGGAUCUCCUAGGGUGAGCUGUUAUUAUUAUGCAUGGGUUUUUUUUUUUUUUCAAUUAUGAACAGGUUGUAUACCAUAUAAUGAUGACCUGACAUACACGUGUAACUGCAGUUUCAAGCUGCUACCCCGAACUGUGAAUAGAGAAAUGUUGGCACAACUCCCCAGAGUGCAUAUUUAGUGUAAUUUUGAUGAAUAAAAUAACAGAUGUUGCACGAGCAAACUUUGUUAUGACUUGAAUGAAAAUUUUAAUACAUAACAGAUUUAUUCUGUUUCAAAAGGGGAGGAUAGUAUGUGACAUUUUUUGAGAAUACCUGGACAGGAAUAGCUUUAGUAUCAUUAUGAAACAUGCUGUCAUCAUGUUUUCCUUUUUAAUGGUCAAGGGCAUCCAUGUGUAUCCAAAUUAUCAUUUUUACUUAUACUCCUCAUUUGCUAUUUAGUAGCCAAGUAGCAACUCUGCUUCACCUGCAAGCCUAAUCCUUCUAUUUUGUUAGAAUUUUUAAGUUCUAGUAUUAUCACUGUUUCACAGUGGUUAAAACCUUUUUUUAGAAAUUUAAUCUGAUAAUUAAAUUCUUAAUCCUUCUAACUUCUCAGGCUACAAUGUUUUUGAGAACUUGUAAAGUUCGCAGGUGUCCUACAUGUAUGUUAUUUGAUGUUCACUUUGAGAAACACUCAAUAUAUUUUAACCAAGGUAGAAAAUUCAGUUUUUGCUCUACUUGAGCUCUACACAAGUAAGAUACAGGGCUAAUUUUGUCCCUUACUAGCAGAAACUUUUCACACAUGAACUUGUUUCAUGAAUAAACAGAUAAAUGCACCUAUGGGUUGUUAUUGUUUCAUCACAAGGCAGGAAUAUUGGGGAGACACAUCAUGUAUGGGUAUUAACUUUUCCUGGACAAUGUCUUUACAGGAGUCUUUACACCUGGUAAUUAAUUGUAAUGAAAGACAUGUACAUUCAUUUUUAACAUUGUUUUUAAUUUGGAUGUGAUUUACCAUGAACAGAUCUAGAGCUGUUUUCAAUCAACAAAGUUAUAUCAUAAAUUCAGUCACAGAACGAGUGACCAGGGUUAGAUUUUCCUGUAUGUAGUUACAGCUUUGUUGAUGCGAUUCACAAUUUGAUCAUUAUCGUUUUCCGCGUAUCUCAUUUGUAGGUUUUAAUUGUAAAGAAGAUCAUCAAAUAAUAACACAUUUUAUACCUUGCUAAGAUCUAUAGUCUCAGGGCUUAAUUUUGUUGUUUUUUUUUGUUAAAUCUUGUUACACCCGCAGCAUCUCACUAAGUAAAGUGUAAGUACCAGUACAGCUCCAUGGUGUGGACCUUUCUGUAUUAAUAGAGCUGUCCUUGUAAUAAAGCUCUAUUGGUGUAUCC